CAUCCUAUCCCGCCGCGCGCUUGGUCCUCUUGCCUCCAUCCACGACACCUUCCUCAUCCCCAUCCACGACACCUUCCUCAUCCCCAUCCACGGCCUGGCUGCUCUCUCCCUCUGCCCGCGAGCCGUGACGUGGGCCGCAGCUGCCGUUUGACGCAGACCUCCUCCGCUGCGACGUGGGCCCCCUCUCCCCCACCGCACCCGCGAUGAGCAUCUUCGGCGGCGCCGACGAUGGCGAGGUGGCGCGCAUGAAGAAGACGCUGCGGCAGCAGGACAUGAACAUCUCGAACCUGCAGUCGCAAAACGCCGCCCAGCUCGCCGAGCUCGCGACGCUGCGCACCACCGUCUCGUCGCUCUCCUCGCAGCUGGCGACCGAGACUCAGCGCGCCAUUGCCGCCGAGGAGGCUGGCGCACGUGCAAAGUCCGAAAUUGAGCGCGGCAAGCUGCAGGUGGCCAACCUCGAGGCAGCCCUCACCGCCGCCAAGCGCGUCGAGGCUGACUCGCAAAAGGGCCGCCGCCGCGAGGAGGUGGAGCGCGAGCGCACCUUCGGCCACGUGGCCAAGGAGAGCGAGGAGGAGCGCAAGGCGCUUGAGGCCAAGGUGCGCACCCUCGAGGCGGCCAUCAGCCUCAAGGACGAGGAGCUGAGGCGGCAGAACGAGCCAGUGGCGUCCGGCUCGCGACGACACGCGCGUCUUGACCCCGCUGCGCGAGCGCUGGCCCUCGAGAACGAGGUGCUGGCGCUCAAGGCCGAGAACAGCCGGCUCAUCGCCACGGCAUCCGCCUCGACGGUGCCGCUGCCGCCCUCGCCGCGGCAGGAGCACGGCGGCUUCUUCGGCAGCGAGGGCGCUGCGCCGCGGCGACGAGCUCGUCGCUCGUCCGUCUCGGGCCCCAGCGCUGCCGCUCCUUCGUCCUCCGGCGAAGUUGCAGCGCUGCGCCUCGAGGUCGACUCGCUCUCCGGCGACCUGUCCAAGGCGUCCGAGCGCGCCGCCAAGGCCGAGCGCGAGGCGCUCAAGAUCUCAAACGAGCUCAUUGCAGCGCAGCGCUCAGCAUCCACAGCUGCCAGCGAGGCAAAGGAGGUCGCGGCGGACCUGCGGCAAGAGCUGCAGUGGGCCAGGCAAGAGGCUGAUGCGAUGCGGCGCGAGCUCGACGGAGGCGUCAAGCGGCCGACUCCAACAGGAGCGCCGGACCCGAAGCUGCAGAAGGAGGUCGAGUCGCUGCGCCUGCGCAUCGAAGAGCAAGACGCACGUGUGGAGCGCCUCGAGACAGAACUGGAAGCUGCGAACCAGCGUGCAGAGGCUGCCGAGGCAGCAGCUGCGGCCGCCGAGGCGGAGCGCGCUUCUGCCGCCUCCGCCUCCGCCUCCGCCUCUCCUCAACUGGCGCAAGCCGAGGCGGCCGCUCCAGCCGCCCCGCAGAGCGAGACGCGCGCCCUGCGCGAGCUGCGCCGCGAGCUCAAUGCCGCAGUGCAGGCGCGCGACACACUGCGCAGCGAGGUCACGGAGCUCGAGGACGAGGUGGAGCGUCUAACGGCGGGCGGAGCCACUGCUGGCCCGUCUGAGCGCGACCUGCAGAAGCUGCAGACCCGCGUGGUCGAGCUGGAGGCAGAGGUCGCGGCUGCUCAGACUUCGCUGGACCUAGCAAAUGCCGAGCGAGACGAGGCCUUCCAGGCUGCGGCUGCUGCUGCGGCCUCGAGCGCCGAUGUCGAGGCAUGGCAGGCGGAGCGGACAUCCCUCGUGCAGGAGCGCGAGAAUGCAGUCCUCGAGGUGGAGCAAACGAAGAGCGAGCUCGAGAGACUGCGUCAAGAAGCAGCAUGCGGUCUGUCGCGCAGCGAAGAGGCGACAGCACAGCUCGCCGAGCUGCAGACGAAGCUCUCGGACGCCGAGGCCGCUCGCGACGCCGCCUCUGCUGCUCUCGCUGCAGCACAGGCUGCUCUUGCCGAGGAGCUCGCAAGUGUGCGCGCCGAGCUGGAGACCUCGAUUGCCGGCGCCGGGGAGAGUCAGCAGCGCCUUGCUGCGCUCGAGGCGGAGCUCGAGACGCGAGCCACUGCGCUGCUCGAGGCCGAGCAGCGCGCAUCGGCGGCCGAACAGCGCGUGGCUGAGCAAGAUGCGGGCCUGCAGACGAAGCUCGACGAGGCGCAAGCUGAGAUCCGACAGCUCACAAGCGCCGUCGAGGCGCUUGACCUGGCCAAGUUUGGCGCCGAGCACGAGGCGCAGCAAGCCGUGGAAGCCCGCGAUACUGCCGUCGCAGACGCACAAGCCGCAAAGGAGCGUCUCGCAGAGCUUGAAGCAACGAUUGCUUCGCAGAGCGCCGACACCACAGCCUCCGAAGCACUGGAGCGGGCUUCGAUGCAGCUUGAAGCGACUCAGGGAGAGCUGCAGGCUGCGCAGACUUUGGUGGCAGAGCGCGAGGCAGAUGUCGAGCAGUGGAGCUCCAUGGCCUCGGAGCUGGAAGUGCAGCUGCAGACCAGCUCGGACCAGGUUGCGCGCCUGCAGCAAGCUGCCACGGAGGCGGAGCUGGAGCUCGAUGUACUCCGCAGCAACGUCGCCUCGGGCAGCGAGACGCAGCAGAAGCUCGAGCAGCUCCGCCUGGAGCUCGCUGCACGCAACGAGCAGCUCGGCGAGGUGGUGCCGGCGCUGCGCAAGCGCGAGGCCGAGCUCACCUCUGCCAAGCGCCGAGUGCAGCGGCUGGCCAGCACCGUGCGCUCCGCAUUCGCAGCUGGUGCGGGUGCGCUCGGCGACGAGAGCAUGCUGCGAGGCGACAUGUCGAUGUCCUUCGCCGCCUGCGCCGAUGAGUCAACGUUCUUCGCCACGCCCGGAGGUCGAGCCAGCUCGCGCAGCUUCGAGACGGACCUCUUCGACGAGAUCGACCAGGUCAAGCAGCACAUCGAGGACGCCAGCCGGCGCAUGGACUUCCAGCGCGUCGAGACUGAGAUGCAGCUGCGCCGCGCACGAACGGAGAUACAGGCCAAUGCUGCACUCGCCGAGACAGCGAGCGUCCCGACGCAAGACUCGGGCAACGUCUCCGUCGAGAGCGCGGGUACCGAGAUGCCGCGCCAGCGCAGCGUGACGCCCCAGAGCGAGCCACUCCCAGACCUCGCGACGGAGCUCGCCGCCAAGCGGGCGCAGCUCGAGUCGCUCCAGGCUCGCCGCGAGGCCGCUGCCCUCUCACAAGCGAGCGCGGCUGCGACCGUCGAGUACGUUGCCAAGCUGGAGGCCCGCGUCGCAGCGCACCAGGCCGAGAUCCGCGACUACCUGCAGCGGCGCUCGACCGUCAGGCCCUCGAGCUGACCGCAGCUGUACACGAAGCAGAGUCCGCAAGAGUCGCUGCUCAAACUCAAGCUGCCGACGCUGUGGCAUCCCUCAAGAGUGCCACGGCUUCCGAGGCGUCGCUUCAAAGCCAGCUCGAGGCUCAGGCAACGGAGGUCGCCCGCCUGGAAGAGCAGCUUAGCCAAGCCGAAGCACAGGCCAACGACGUGCGCGCUCGCACGCCGAGCGACACCGCCGCCGACGAGGCGCUCUUCGCGGACCUGGCAG